AUGGCUAUAUUUCGGAGAAGGAUUCGCAAGCCGAAGUUGGAGGACGAAAUAGGCCUUGGACGGGUCCAUGAACGCGCGUCCAAGGCAUAUGAUGAGUAUGAUGAUCCACCACGAAGGCAAAUAUCAAGAACUCAAUAUGAUGAUAGAGAAUAUGGUGAUUACCACUACUCAACGAGAGCUCCACCACCACCUCAAAGAAGAACCAUAUAUGAUGAGCCACCGGAGAGUUACCAAGAGUCUUAUCAUGGUCACGAUUAUGAGCAUUCAAGUCGGGCCCAACCACUAAGGAGAGACACCUCCUAUGAUCAUUCAAGGGAAUACCGGACACCUAGCAGGUAUUGCCGGGAUGAUUAUGAGAAGGACUAUCAUGAUCAAGAAGACUAUUCUUAUGAAUACCAGGGGUAUAAGAGGAGUGCAUCUCACCAAAGCUACAAUUCAAAAUCUUACCAAUCUACCCACUAUGACGAGGAUGAUGACUACCCUCAACAAAGAGGAUUCUCUAAUUCUCAAUCCUACAACCCUUACCCAUCCCAAGCCUACUCUCCACAAUCUUACACUCAAAACACACCUCCACCCAAAAAGAAAUCUAUUAUCGAGCACAUGUAUGACCAUUGGUUGAAACCCAAGCCAAGAGACCCAAAUGACCGCUUCAAGACCAUUGAGGAACACAUGUUUGAAGAUAUGAACCGACAAGUGACUUGUUAUGCUUGUAAAGGGCCUCACUAUAGGUACAAGCACCAUAAGGACGAAGUUGAUCAAGAGUGCAAUGCCAAGCCGCAAGGAAAAUAUGGAUUAAGUGAGGAAACUUGGGCAUUGGCUAGGCGUUUGGGAAUCACCAUUGUGCCAGAUGAUAGCAUUGAGGAGGAAGUCAUUGAAAAUACAAAGGAGAGAGGGCAAGAGAUCCCCGUUAUUGAACAAAUGCAAGAACAAGCAAAGGGAAAUCACGACAUGAGAUAUGGAAAUACGGUGGAAGAAGGUAAUGAGGAAACACUUGACCCUAUUAGUGGUAGCACUACUCUUGGUGAUAAAAUUUCUAAAUCUUGGGCCGACAUGUGUGAUGAGAAUGAUGAUUGUGAUGAUAUUGUUAUGCCUAUUGGUGUUGAUAAUGCUAAUGUUGAUUGUGUUGCUGAUGAACUUGAAAAAGUGGUAGGUAUGACUAGCGAAAAUAAUUGCAUAAUUGAAGAUGUUGAUAAUGAGGUCAAUUCUUUCAACCCUUGUGAUUUUAAUGAUAAUGAUUCAUUUGACUCCUCCGAUGAUGAUGAUGAAAAUUUUGAGGAGGAAACGAACGAUUAUGUACGGGAUGUUUUGUUAAGUAAGGAAAAAGAGUGGGGUGAGGAGAGUGUGACUAUAGAAAAGGAAAAUGAAGAAGAAAAUUUUGAAAAUAAGAAUGUGUUGUUUGAGGAAGUUCAUUGCAAAAUCAUAGAAGAGGAAAAGGAAGAAAUAAGGGAUGAGAGUGUUAGGGAGGAAGUUGAGGAGAAAUUGCCAACCUUUGGAAGAGAGUAUGCUAUGUAUAAAAUUAAAGGAGUUUGUCAAUGCCCGACAUUUGAGACAUAUCUUGAAGAAAGAGUGGAUGGGGCAAAAGGGCUUGUCCCCGUCCAAUAUUGCAAUGUGUUUGAUGAUAGUGUAGGAAAAUUGAUAAAUGGCUCAAAGCUAAGAGGAUGA